AAACCCUAUAUCAAAAACCCUACAUCAAAACGACGUAGCCUUUUGGCACGAAGCUGUUGCCUUUUCCACAUCUCAUUUUCUUCUGCUUGCCUCCAUCGCUCAUCGUCGCUUUUCCUCUUGCCUCUCAUCCAAGCUGACUCUUACAGCGACUCGACGAGCGACCAUCUUUCACAAGUCGCAUUCGCAGUCGCAAGAGCCCAUUCGAGCACUGCUAGAAUAAAUAAGAAGAGUAAGGAGAAGAAGUAAAAGAAGCAAUAGAGCAGUGCAGGAAAAUGCCUCUAGGAGAUAAGGCAGGAUGGGAAAAGAGCGAAUCUCGAUACUGCGGAGUGGAAACAGAGUUCGACAAUGACAUGCCUCAGCUUCUCUCUUUCAAUCUCUCCUCUGGCGGUUUCGAUUUCGUCCUUGCUCCUCUGAUGAAUCCCACCUAUAGGCCGAGCUUGAUGGAAAAAGGAAAAACUUGUGGUGGAUCGUGUGUUCUGCCUGUCGCGGGGUCAGAUUUAGUUUUGAGCCCAUCACAGUGGAGUAGUCAUGUUGUGGGAAAAAUUAGUUCAUGGAUUGACUUGGAUUCAGAAGAUGAAACUCUACGGAUGGAUUCUGAAAUUACUCUGAAGCAAGAAAUAGCCUGGGCUAAUCAUCUUUCGUUACAGGCCUGCCUUCUUCCUUCUCCUAAGGGUGCAUCCUGCGCUAACUAUGCAAGGUGUGUAAAUCAGAUUUUACAAGGCUUGAACAGUAUGCAGUUGUGGCUUAGAAUUCCACUGAUGAAGACUGAAGAGGAUUCUACGGACAUAAACUCAAUUAAUUUGAUUGAUUCUUGGGAACUAUGGAAUUCAUUUCGUCUUCUAUGUGAACAUCACAGUCAAUUAGCGAUUGCACUAGAUGUUUUGAGUUCCCUGCCAUCAGCAAACUCACUAGGCCGUUGGUUUGGAGAAUCUGUUAGAGCAGCCAUAAUACAUACUGAUUCUUUCCUAACAAAUGCACGGGGUUAUCCAUGCCUCUCCAAGCGGCACCAGAAGCUUAUUACUGGGUUCUUUAACCAUUCCAUACAGAUUGUUCUCUCUGGAAAACCUGUACACAGCGUUCCAAUGGAAAGCUUAGAUUUAUCUGCGAAUCAUCUUGAUUGUAAUGUUGAGAGUGUGCAGAGGCAUCCCCUGAGAUCAUAUUUGGACUAUGUUGGUUACCUCUUUCAAAGGAUGGAUCCGCUCCCUGAGCAAGAACGUUUUGAGCUUGGUUAUAGGGAUUUUCUACAGUCGCCCUUGCAACCCCUCAUGGAUAAUCUAGAGGCACAAACAUACGAGACAUUUGAGAAAGACUCAGUCAAAUACAUCCAGUACCUAAAGGAGCAAUUAGUAAAGCUUGUGCUGGACAGGGUCCUGAUGAAGUCAACCGUGACCACUGUACUGAUGGUUGUCGGAGCAGGACGUGGACCUCUUGUUAGGGCAUCAUUGCAGGCAGCUGAAGAAACUGGACGCAAGUUAAAAGUGUAUGCAGUGGAGAAAAAUCCAAAUGCUGUUGUUACACUUCAUAGUUUGGUUAAGCUGGAAGGGUGGGAAGACAUUGUCACUAUAAUUUCUUGUGACAUGCGGCACUGGGAUGCUCCUGAGAAAGCUGAUAUCUUGGUUAGUGAAUUGCUUGGUUCAUUUGGUGACAAUGAGUUGUCACCUGAGUGCCUUGAUGGUGCCCAAAGGAUUUUGAAGCAGGACGGUAUCUCUAUACCAUCGUCGUAUACAAGUUUUAUCCAACCGGUAACAGCAUCAAAGUUGUACAAUGAUGUUAAGGCACACAAAGAUCUUGUGCACUUUGAGACUGCAUAUGUUGUCAAACUACAUAAUGUGGCAUUGCUUGCCCCUUGUCAACCUGUCUUUACAUUUACUCAUCCAAAUUACACAACUAAGAAAAGCAAUCAGCGGUACAAAAAGCUGCAGUUUGAUAUAACAAAUGACACUGGGUCAGCCAUGGUGCAUGGAUUUGCUGGGUAUUUUGAUGCUGAGCUCUACAAAGACAUACAUCUUGGCAUUGAGCCUUCAACGGCAACCCCAAAUAUGUUCAGCUGGUUUGCUAUAUUUUUUCCACUAAGGACACCGGUGUGCAUACAUCCUGGUUCUCCUUUAGAAGUAAAUUUUUGGCGAUGUUGUGGCCCUUCAAAGGUUUGGUACGAGUGGUGUGUGACAUCUCCUGUCUCAUCAGCAAUUCACAAUAGCAAUGGACGUUCAUAUUGGGUUGGUCUUUAGGCUGUCCUCACUCCAAUAUAUUGCGAUUAGUAGAACAUCUCAAUUGGUUAAUUAUGUUGCCUUCCUGGAAUCUGAGGGACAGCAUACCAGCAUAUGCCUGGUUCAAACAUCGGUCUUUGCACUUGUUUGCAAGUCAUGGCUUUGAAGUGUAUUGUAUAAUGAAAUCUUUUUAAUAGGCUUUGUGCUCGUGUCAUUGUAAUGGUUAACUCUACAGUUUAGUGUUUGUGAGCAGAAGCAGCUAGCAAAUUUUGUUGCCUGAGAAUCUUUACUCUUUAAUCCAUGACUUUGGAUUGCGAAUUGAAGCGAGGCUUUUCCAGAAGAUGGAACAUAUAUUUAAUCAGAAUACAAUAGAAGUUCGGUUA